CAACGGUUGGACGAGGAGUUCUCGAUAGAUAGUUGAUCAUCAAGGCACGUCCCGAGGCUACAUAGCUGACACUGCGCCCCUCGAUACGAGCAUAGCCGUCCAGCCAUCCUCGCCCUUCUUGCCGCUCUUUGCCCUUCACCCUCCGUAUCUCACUCACACAAGCUUUCCGUCAAUGACCGUCUCGCAAGGCCCGGAAAGCCAAGAAGCUCUGGUCGCCCAGUUCCGUGAACGGCUGGUCCGGGAUGGCCUAACGCACGAAGGGGAUACUAUGGCUCCGGACGACUUCACCCUCAUGCGGUUCCUGCGCGCUCGCUCGUUUGAUACAGAGGCAGCGACAACCAUGUGGAUCAAGUGCCAAGCCUGGCGAAAAAGCGUCGACGGUGUCGGCAUCGACGAGAUCUACAAGCAGAUGGACCCAUACGACUUUCCAGAACGUAGGGAAGUCUUCGAGUACUGGCCGAUGUGGUUCCACAAGACGGACAAGGCCGGGCGUCCCGUGAACAUCCAGCACUACGGCGGCGUGAACAUGUCCGAGCUCUACAAGCAAAUCACUCCGGAGCGUUUCUGGCAUUACAUGCUCGCGACAGCGGAGAGCAUACCGAGGGACAUACUCCCUGCUGCAUCGCGGAAGGUGGGUAGACAGGUUGACGGGACGUUCCUCAUUGUGGAUCUCAAGGGGUUCAGCCUGAGCCAGUUCUGGCAAAUGAAAGACAUUGCACGCGAUGCCUUCCAAAUGUCACAAGAUAACUUCCCUGAAGUCUCAUCAAAGUUUUACAUCAUCAAUGCGCCCUCAUCCUUUACCAUCAUCUGGUCCUUCGUCAAGCGCUGGCUCUCAAAGAACACCGUCGACAAGAUGGAUAUCCUCGGAUCGGAAUACCACCCCGUACUUCUCGAGCACAUCGAUGCCGAGAGCCUGCCUGCCAGUCUCGGCGGUAAGUGCGAAUGUAAGGACGUUGGCGGGUGCAAAUGGAUUCAGAUCGACCGUGAAUAAUGUAGGGGACGGCAUAUAUCUUACUCAAUUUCGCUUUGGGGACUCUGUAGGCUAUGUAGAUGGACCGCAUACGGUGUAAUAUGAAUGAUAUGACAUUGUUCAACGAGCUGACACAAAUACAAAAACGGUAUCAUACAUUUUGCGGACUAUACUGUACAAUCGCAAACCCUCUCAAGUUCUCUCCCAAAGCAAACCCGACCGAGCUCACGCGACAUUGAAUGCUGCGCUCUGCCAUCCCUCCCUACUCUCCUCUUCCUCGAUCUUCGUGCUCACCGCAUCCUUAAAGCUCUUGACUUUCUGCACCUUCUGUUUCGCCGUCUCCUUCACUUGCUGCACGACGCCCUUCGCCUGCGCCGCUUUCUGACCGAUGUCCUGUGGCUCUGCCAUACUUUCGGAAAACGUGCCCUUCGGCCCACGCUUCUCGCCCGACAGUACCUGUGGCUCCGCUCCCAUGGCGAACUUUGAGUCUUUG